AUGAGCCUCCGCCUGCCUCUCCGGGGAGGCAAAUUCGCCACAAUCAUCAGCGCCUACGCUCCGACGAUGACCAACCCCGACGCCGUCGGAGACAAAUUCUACGAGGACCUGCACGCCCUCUUGGCGACUGUGUCGAAGGCGGACAAGUUGAUUGUCCUUGGCGACUUCAACGCCCGCGUCGGCACAGACCAUACUGCCUGGAGAGGAGUGCUGGGUCCCCACGGUAUCCGCGGCUCAAAGGACAAUGGUCUGCUGCUUCUCCGCACCUGCGCAGAACACCGCCUCAUGCUGACGAACACGUUCUUCUGUCUGCCGGAGCGACAGAAGGCCACCUGGAGGCAUCCUCGGUCGCGUCAGUGGCACCUGCUGGACUAUGUCCUCGUCCGGAGGCGAGAUCAGCGGGACGUACUGGUGACGAAGGCGAUCGCGGGUGCUGACGGGUGGACCGACCAUCGCCUCGUCAUCUGGAAGAUGCGUAUUCGCCUACAGCCUCGCAGGAGACCACAAGGUAAGCGACCCCCAGGUAAGCUGAAUGUUGCUUUGUUGUCUUUGCCUGCUCACUGUCUCCAUUUCAGCAAUGAGCUAGCUCAAUGUCUAGACAACCUUCCUAUCGCUGCCGCCGACGACGCCGCCGCUGCCGAGAACGUCUCCGUGGAGACCCGCUGGUGUCAACUACGAGACACGGUCCAGUCGACGGCGCUCGCCGUCCUCGGUUGCGCUCCGCGCCAACACCAGAACUGGUUCGACGACAACGACGCCGCCAUCAGAAAUCUGCUAGCUGAGAAGAACCGCCUACACAAAGCCUACGUAGAUCACCCCACUGAUGCCACCAAAGCUGCCUUCUACCGCAGUCGCCGCCAACUUCAGCAACGACUGCGCGAGAUGCAGGACGCCUGGACUGCUCGCAAAGCUGAGGAGAUCCAAGGCUACGCGGACCGCAACGAAUGGAAGAACUCUUCUCUGCGAUUAAAGCUGUCUACGGUCCGCCGACGAAGGGCACCGCUCCUCUCCUCAGCGCCGACGGCAACACUCUCCUGACUGAGAAGACGCAAAUCCUGCAGCGAUGGGCCGAGCAUUUUCGAGGCGUCCUCAACCGCCCCUCCGUCAUCUCCGACGCCGCCAUCGAGCGUUUGCCGCAAGUGGAGACCAACGUGGACCUCGAACUCCCGCCAUCUCUCCAGGAGACCAUCAGGGCCGUGCAGCAGCUCUCCAGCGGGAAAGCACCCGGAUCGGACGCAAUCCCUGCUGAGGUCUACAAGCACGGAGGUCCCCAACUAAUGGAUCAGCUGACUGCGCUCUUCCAAGAGAUGUGGCGUCAGGGCGAAGUCCCGCAAGAUUUCAAAGACGCAACCAUCGUGCAUCUCUACAAGCGCAAAGGGAAUCGCCAAGUCUGCGACAAUCACCGCGGCAUCUCCCUGCUGAACAUCGCCGUGAAGAUCUUCGCACGAAUCCUCCUCAACCGCCUCAAUAACCACCUGGAACAGGGCCUUCUGCCGGAAAGCCAAUGCGGCUUCCGUCGUCAUCGUGGAACCACGGAUAUGAUCUUCGCCGCCCGCCAACUUCAGGAGAAGUGUCAGGAGAUGCGGACCCACCUGUACUCUACAUUCGUGGACCUGACGAAAGCCUUCGACACGGUGAAUCGUGAAGGACUGUGGAAGAUCAUGCAGAAAUUCGGCUGUCCAGAGCGAUUCACUCAGAUGGUGCGUCAGCUGCACGACGGUAUGAUGGCGCGAGUCACUGACAACGGAGCUGUCUCAGAGGCAUUCGCAGUGACCAACGGAGUGAAGCAGGGCUGUGUGCUGGCGCCUACCCUCUUCAGUCUCAUGUUCUCUGCCAUGCUGGUGGACGCCUACCGCGACGAACGCCCUGGAAUCCGCAUCGCCUACAGGACGGACGGUCACCUACUGAAUCGCCCUGAACACCACCUCAGAAGAGGAGAUGCAACGGAGCAUGGACCUGUUCUCCGCCGCCUGCGAGAACUUCGGUCUGGUCAUCAACACACAGAAGACGGUGGUGAUGCACCAACCGCCACCCAACUCGGCCACAGCCCCCAACGUGCCGCCGCAAAUCAGCGUGAAUGGGACCCAACUGCAAGUGGUUGAGAACUUCCCGUACCUGGGCAGUACUCUCUCCCGAAACACCAAGACUGAUGACGAAGUCGCCAACAGGAUCUCGAAAGCCAGUCAAGCUUUCGGUCGCCUCCAAAGCACAGUUUGGAAUCGUCAUGGUCUCCAAAUGAGCACCAAGCUGAAGAUGCACAAGGCCGUCAUCCUGCCGACACUACUGUAUGGAGCGGAGACUUGGACGGUGUACGCCAAGCAGGCACGUCGUCUGAACCACUUCCACCUCAGUUGUCUUCGUCGCAUCCUGAGGCUGAAGUGUCAGGAUCGAAUCCCCGACACUGAUGUGCUGGAACGGCAGGAAUCCUCAGCAUCUACGCCAUACUGA